GUUGAGGUUUUUGGAAGUGGGUUUUGGACGUAGAGAGCUGUUUGGAGGGAGGGUGGAGUGCCGGCGAGGUGGGAGUGGGGGUGAGGUGGCGGAGGUAGGUGGAGAAGGUGUAGUUGGUCGCCGAGGAGAGGAAUGUGUCUUGGUAGAAAAGGGGGUCCUGGGGACUUCUGGAAACAGCGGGGUGGCGGUGUUGGUGGAGUGGGAGGAUG